CGUAACACAUUUUAAUACUCACUCCGUACUUACUCCGUAACACACAAGCUAGCAAGCAAAGAAUGCAUACCUCAAGCAGACCUCUGCACCAUCAUCCAUUUCAAUGGAAUCAACACCCCUCUCUCUCCUCCCCUUCAUCGCGUCUCUCCUUCCCCAAUUAUUCCGUCUCUACCCUUCUGAUUUCUUCUAACCCACUACCCACACUUCACUCCGCCGCCGUCAAAACCACCGCCACCAAAGUGCUUGCCAUGGCAAAAAGAAGUUUCCCCACCAAAGACAAUGAUUUUGCUUCAAGUGCUGAUUUGCAGUUUGAGUCACCAUUGAAAAUAGUGGAAUAUCCAGACCCAAGGCUUAGAGCCAAGAACAAGCCAAUUGAUAAGUUUGAUGAUAAUUUGAAGAAGUUGGUUGAUGAAAUGUUUGAUGUUAUGUACAAAACUGAGGGGAUUGGACUCGCAGCUCCUCAAGUAGGCAUUAAUGUCCAGCUUAUGGUAUUUAAUCCUGUUGGUGAACGCGGUGAGGGGGAAGAAAUUGUUCUUAUAAAUCCAAGAGUGAGCAAGCAUUCGCAAAAGACGACACUUUUUAAUGAAGGCUGUUUGUCAUUUCCUGGACUAUACGCUGACGUACAGAGACCAGAAUCUGUCAAGAUUGAUGCCAACGAUAUCCGUGGUUCAAGAUUCACAGUUACUUUAUCAGGCCUUCCCGCUCGUGUAUUCCAGCAUGAGUUUGAUCAUUUGCAGGGCAUCCUUUUCUUUGAGAAAAUGACAGACGAAGAACUUGACAAAAUACGUGACGGGUUACAGGGAUUAGAGACGAAGUAUGAGAAAAGCACCGGAUUGCCAAGACCUGAAAAGAUUGAAACUCGGAAAAGAAGCAAGACCGGUGUUGGCUUUGGAAAGUCUUGAUUAUGGAUACAGGAGACUGGGUUGUGUCCUUAGCUCCUUUUCCUUUACAAAUACAGAUUACAUUGUAAAUGACUUGUUGAAGAGAGCACCAAUUCGAGCCUCUAUUAUCUGUUCAGUCGUGUUGAUAGUUUUUUCUCUAGAAUCACAAUUACUGAUAGCGAGGCAAGGCUUACCUUGGUUGGCUUUGUCAGUUCAUUUACCUCACUCUACUAUCUCAACAAGGAUUUACGGAGAACUAUUGAGUACACAUUCAGCCUUGAAAUGCUCUGUUUAAUGAUUCAAGUACUAUGUACAGUAAUAAUGCUUUAUUUUGGCCGUUUCACAGCAAUUAAGCUUGCUUAAUGAUUGAGUUAUUGUCGCUAA